GGCAAGACGAGCCUUUACUACAGUCGCAGGCAUUGGCUUUUCGAUAUCUAGCCAAAUUAGCGAGACACCACAGAAUACAGGCUACCUGAGGAACAGGGAACCUGAAAGGUUAUGAAGCCAACUAUCACCCGCGCCUCCUCAGUAACACGUUGCCUUGGAGACGUUUCUUCAUUAGGCUGUGUUUGGAAAUGCCUGAGAAAUGAAAGCUUUGCUGCAUCCAGAGUGGAAUAAAAGACUUCAGAGAUAUUUCUUCAUCCAGUGGGUCCUGGUGUCUCCCUUCCAGUCAUGAAGUUUCCCUGAGCGCGCACGCAAGGUGCGUUUGUGGUGUACCCAAAAUGAGCCUCUUGUUUCUCCUCAUGCUUUUGUUGUCAGAGGAGAUUGGGUUGGCAAGCCUCGGGGUCCUGGUGGACGCGCAGGCAAACGAGAGGCGCGUGGUGGCCCACACCGCUGGAGACAUCAUCAUCGGGGCCCUGUUCUCGGUGCACCACCAGCCCCCGGCCGACAAGGUGCACGAGCGCAAGUGCGGGGCGGUGCGGGAGCAGUACGGCAUCCAGCGCGUGGAGGCCAUGCUGUACACCCUGGACCGCAUCAACGCCGACAACGACCUCCUGCCCAACAUCACGCUGGGCUGCGAGAUCCGGGACUCCUGCUGGCACUCCGCCGUGGCCCUGGAGCAGAGCAUCGAGUUCAUCCGCGACUCGCUGGUGUCCUCCGAGGAAGAGGAGGGCAUGGCGCGGUGCGCGGAGAGCGGAGCCACGCCCAUGCGGGGGAAGAAGCCCAUCGUGGGGGUGAUCGGACCCGGCUCCAGCUCGGUGGCCAUCCAGGUGCAGAACCUGCUGCAGCUCUUCAACAUCCCCCAGAUAGCCUACUCCGCCACCAGCAUGGACCUCAGCGACAAGUCCCUGUACAAGUACUUCAUGAGGGUGGUGCCCUCCGACGCCCAGCAAGCCCGGGCCAUGGUGGACAUUGUCAAGAGGUACAACUGGAGCUACGUAUCGGCCAUCCACACUGAAGGGAACUACGGGGAGAGUGGCAUGGAGGCCUUCAAAGACAUGGCCGGCAAGGAGGGGAUCUGCAUCGCGCACUCGGACAAGAUCUACAGCAACGCCGGGGAGCAGAGCUUCGACAAGCUGCUGAGGAAGCUGCGGGCGCACCUGCCCAAGGCGCGCGUGGUGGCCUGCUUCUGCGAGGGCAUGACCGUGCGCGGCAUCCUCAUGGCCAUGCGCCGCCAGAAGCUGGUGGGGGAGUUCCUGCUGGUCGGCAGUGACGGCUGGGCUGACCGCUACGAUGUCACCGAUGGAUUCGUCCGGGAGGCGGCCGGGGGCAUCACCAUCAAGCUGCAGUCGGCCGACGUCAAGUGGUACGACGAGUACUACCUGAAGCUGCGGCCCGAGAGCAACCUGAGGAACCCCUGGUUCCCCGAGUUCUGGCAGCACCGCUUCCAGUGCCGGCUCAAAGGCCACCCCCAGGAGAACUUCAAGUUCAACCGCACCUGCGGCAGUGAUUUGACACUAUCUUGGCAUUACGCCCAGGACACCAAGAUGGGCUUCGUUAUUAACGCCAUCUACUCCAUGGCCUACGGGCUGCACAACAUGCAGAGAGCCCUGUGCCCUGGAUACAGCGGCCUGUGUGACUCCAUGAGGCCCAUCGAUGGCCGGAAGCUGCUAGACUUCCUCAUGAAGACUAACUUCACAGGCGUGUCUGGGGAGGGCAUUCUCUUCGAUGAGAACGGAGACUCUCCUGGGAGGUAUGAAAUCAUGAACUUUAAGAAGAUGGGAAAGGACUACUAUGACUACAUCAAUGUGGGCAGCUGGGACAACAGCGGACUGAAAAUCGAUGAUGACGAGAUUUGGGCCAGUAAGGAUGCCAUCAUCAAAUCGGUCUGCAGCGAGCCCUGUGCCAAGGGCCAGAUAAAGGUAAUCCGUAAAGGCGAGGUCAGCUGCUGCUGGACCUGCACUCCCUGCAAAGAUAACGAGUUCGUCUUUGAUGAAUAUACCUGCCGUGCUUGCAUCAUGGGCUCUUGGCCAACUUUUGACCUCUCAGGCUGCGACCCCAUCCCUGUGGAGUACCUCCGCUGGGGUGACCCUGAGCCCAUCGCUGCCGUAGUCUUCGCCUGCCUCGGCCUUCUGGCCACCUUCUUCGUCACCUCCAUCUUUAUCAUAUACCGGGACACGCCGGUGGUGAAGUCCUCCAGCCGUGAGCUCUGCUACAUCAUCCUGGCGGGCAUCUGCCUGGGCUACCUCUGCACCUUCUGCCUCAUUGCCAAGCCUCACGUGGUCUACUGCUACCUGCAGCGUGUGGGCAUCGGCCUGUCGCCCGCCAUGAGCUACUCCGCCCUGGUCACCAAGACCAACCGCAUCGCCCGCAUCCUGGCCGGCAGCAAGAAGAAGAUCUGCACCAAGAAGCCGCGCUUCAUGAGCGCCUGCGCCCAGCUGGUCAUCGCCUUCAUCCUCAUCUUCCUCCAGCUCAGCAUCAUCGUCGGCCUCUUCGUCAUGGAGCCGCCCGAGGUCAUCCACGACUACCCCAGCAUCCGCGAGGUCAAGCUCAUCUGCAACACCACCAACCUGGGCGUGGUGGCCCCGCUGGGCUACAACGGCCUGCUCAUCCUCAGCUGCACCUUCUACGCCUUCAAGACGCGCAACGUGCCGGCCAACUUCAACGAGGCCAAGUACAUCGCCUUCACCAUGUACACCACCUGCAUCAUCUGGCUGGCCUUCGUGCCCAUAUACUUCGGCAGCAACUACAAGAUCAUCACCAUGUGCUUCUCGGUCAGCCUGAGCGCCACGGUGGCGCUGUGCUGCAUGUUUGUGCCCAAGGUGUACAUCAUCCUGGCCAAGCCCGAGAGGAACGUGCGCAGCGCCUUCACCACCUCCACCGUGGUGCGCAUGCACGUGGGCGACGGCAAGUCCUCCUCGGCCGCCAGCCGCUCCAGCAGCCUGGUCAACCUGUGGAAGCGCCGGGGCUCCUCCGGGGAGACGCUCAGCUCAAAUGGAAAGUCGGUCACCUGGGCCCAGAAUGAAAAAGGCACCCGAGGAAACCAUCUGUGGAAACGACUGUCCUUCCACAUUAAGAAGAGAGAGAGCAACCAGACGGCCGUGAUCAAACCCUUCUCCAAGACCUCAGAGAGCCGCUACGGAGGCGACAUCACACCCGAGUCCGGAGCCAAGAUGCUGUACGAGGUGUCAGAGGCGGAGGAGCACUACCCGGUGACGUACCGGCCCCAGACGCCCUCUCCCAUCAGCACGGUGAGCCAGCGCACCGCCUCCCUGGCCUGCGGCCCCGAGGACCCGGCGGUGCCCAGCUACCUGACCGAGCAGCCCCAGCGCUGCGGCUCGUCCCAGGGCUCGCUCAUGGACCAGAUCAGCUGCGUGGUCAACCGCUUCACCGCCAACAUCAGCGAACUCAACAGCAUGAUGCUCCUCCCGGGCCCCUCAGGGGCCGGGGCCCCCUCCGACCCCUGCCCCCCGCCCUUCCUCAUCCCCCGCGAGAUCCAGCUGCCCACCACCAUGACCACCUUUGCCGAGGUGCAGCCCGUGCCCGCCCUGGAGGACAGCGCCUGCCCUCAGGCCGUCGACAAAAUGUCGGCCGCCAGCGUGAAAGAUGCCGCCUCGGAGUCCUCGGCCGUCAAGACCGACCUGGAGGAGCUGGUGGCCCUGACGCCGCCCUCGCCUUUCAGGGAUUCCGUGGAUUCGGGCAGCGCCUCGCCCACGUCGCCCGUGUCCGAGUCGGCCCUCUGCAUCCCGUCCUCCCCCAAGUAUGACAGACUGGUGCUGCGAGACUACAGCCAGAGCUCCUCGUCCUUGUGAAGAGCACGGACAGGUAAGGGGUGGGGGAAGAGGAGUGAGAACCCCCUGUGAACAAAGGUUGGCAAAAUGUGACAGUGUGAUGAUGGCAGCGCCUGACAACACAAGAGCAACGCGCCUACUGUGUCUUCUAUGUUUACAAUAGUUUUGGUAGCUGAAGUAUAAAGUAGAGGAGAUAGACAGCGGUGACCAAUCCAACUGAUGAAGCUACUGAUGAAAAAGCACUUGCUUUUUUGUAUGGUCGAGAAAAAGAUUAAAAUAAGUGUUCGAGAUCCAAUCCUUUGGAGUCUUUCUGAGUUAGAUUGGUCUUCAUUUGGUAGUGGCCUUACAGAACAUGGCUUUGAAAUAAUUAGAGCAGUUUUAGAAUCGGGCAUCUGUGGGCAUCCAUUCCCUGAGGACCCACACCUCCGUAGUGUUGGCUGUGCUUGGAGGGCUUGAGAAACGGAAAGGCUGUGUGAAAUGAUGCCGCUCGUGGGAGCUGUGUGGCGUGGGUGCCUAGACCAUGCCACAGAACAGUCCAUCUGGUCUGCCUGGGCUACACUGUAAAUAUAAAGUUUGGUGGUCCUUGAUGGAAAGUUAGACAUGUUACUACGAAGUGCUUUGCUUGACUACCAAGAAAACGUGUACAUAAAAAAAUGCAUUUGUCAUAUGAAGCUUUUUCUUCUAAUAUUUCUUUCUUUAUGACUUUAUAUUGUUAUUUCUUUGUAUUUAUUUUUUCCAGACCAGACUCUUCAUGAUUUUGAAUGUACACUAUAAUUCUCGAAUGAUGUGGGACCAAAAUGAUCUUGUACCUCUUGAGUGUUUGGAAAAGGGUUGUCCAUAGGAUAAAGUGGUCUACAUAGAUCUGGAGUGACUGACAUUAGCAUUUACUCAGACUGUACUGUACUGUACUGAUUCAAUGUUUAAAAACUGAAAGUGUUUAAACGUUAGCUUAACAAAGUGAAUUUCUUAUUUGAGUGAAAAAUGGUAAAUUUAUGGCAGCAUAUUUCAUAUUACAACAUCAACCAAUCAUUUAAUGUUAAUAUUGUUGUGGGUGACUAAACGCCAACUGAUUCUUCUUUCACUCAUCAUAUUUCCCCAUAUAAUAAGGGCUCUUAUGUAUUUGAAAUGCAUAUUAUCAUGCAGUACUGGUACGCUCCUUCCCCCUCUUAGCCCUAAAUACAGAGGGUGACGCUAAAACAAUAAAAAUUAAAUUGAUGAAAACCUUUUGAUGAGGGAACACAGCUGUAAUUAAUACAGAUGUCAAAGAACAUGAUUGAUUACAAACACUGAAUUAUUACAAAAUUACAAUACUACUGUCUGUUCACCAAGAUGCCAGUAAGUACAAAUUUUAUUUUCUAUUUAGCAUAGCAUAUAUCUAUUGUAAAUACAAAGGGCAUGCUAAAAUUAUCAUUUUAAUUUGCAAUGAAAGUAAUCCCAUAUUCCUUACAGAAAAUUAAAGAAUGCAAAAAGAUUUUACACAAACUUCAACAAACAUCUUUUUUAAAUGAUCGUAUCAUGAUAACUAUACCUACAUGUAUAAUUGUGUUUUAAUGAAUGUGGAAAAAACAGUUCAGUUGUUCAAUGGUAAAAUAUGAAAUAUAUAUAAACAUAAAUAUUUGUGCCAAAAAGGAGGGAGGUAGAGUUUCAGUGUUUUCAUAAAAUCAGAAGUAGAAAAUGUUUUUAUUGUUUUGGGUAUUCUUUUUUAUAUAAUAUUCCAGAUUUUGAAACAUAAAGCAAUACUAAUGACAAAAAAAGAUAUACACAUACACAAAACACAUAUACAAUAGAAAAUCAUGUUAUGACAAUAUCAUGGUUGAGCUGUUAAACAUUUUCAUUUUCAUGGCAAGACAUUAUUCUUAUAUUUUUAAGCUAGGCUAAAUGAAAUGCCUACAGCCAAGAGGAAAUUUAAAGAGGUAGAUAUAGUAAGAAACCAGCCAUGAGGAAAUACUGUUUUAUGCUUUUCUGAAGUAAAACUUGCUGAUGAAGUGACCAAAACUAUACCACCGAAUAUUAUUUCCUCUGUGCUUUUACAGAAUGAAUUCAUGUGUAUUUACAACACUUAAGACUGUGAAAUUCUUCCAGUUUAAGGGCACCCUGGGUAUAUAUAAAUAUUACAUGUGCAUAUCUAAUGGAUAGGCAAACAUGAAACCUAUGGAUCUUUUCCUUGGCUUAAUAAACUCAUAACAAUACAUAGCUGUUAUUCAGCAUAAUAGUAAAUUUAUGUUUAUUACAUUUGUAUUCUCAAAGCUACAGUGCACAACACAACUGGCAAGGUGACCUUUUGAAUGGAAAACUAUACAACACAAAAAAUAAAGGGAUAUUUCAGAUAUGAUCCUGAACCUGAAGUUCUGGAGUACUCUCGACACAACUGACCAACUCUGUCCUGUCAGAAAUGACAAUGUUUAUAUUAUCCUUUUUCCCCUCAUUGCUUCUAAAAUACUAUUAGGUUGGUUCCAAGGUAGAGUGGUACUGCGUUCAGAUGUGAAGGGAAGCAUAGUGACAUGUAUUGUUCAGUUACUGUGCAUAUGGCUUCAUCUUUCCUAGCUUUAUAAAAAAAAGACAAACACUAAAAAUAGAGACUAGAGAGUUGUCCUGUGAAAUUCAAAAAAAAAUUGUGGACCCUAUUUUUGUAUGUUACAAUGUGAGAGACAAGACUUUUCAAUUUGAUGUGAACAUAGAUCUAAGUGAAGUUCAUCACUCCCAAGCUAAGUCAUGCACCAGCUGGCACAUGCUUGACACGGCUCAUUUAAAACACAGUAGAAAUGAACAAUUGAAUGAAGCAAAGAAUGCUUUUUAGACUGAACUAAAGGCAUGUACUGAACUGUUCCAGUCAAAUUACAUAAGAAGUGAAAGUGGUCAAUAAAUGUGCUACAACAUGUGUCCAAAAUCUUGCUCAUUUUAAAAAGUAUGCCUACUUUAAGUAUGCUCUGAACUUUUUUCUUUCAUUUCUUAAAAUAUGAGACGACUAAACAGAUAUAUUUUAUAUGAAGAUAAAAUAUCUUGGUAUUUAAAAGUAUGUAUUAUCCUUUCCAGUGCAAAAUGAAAUCAGUGACAUGAGCGUUUCCUAAAUUAAUAUUUACAUUUAGCUAGAGACAUUUUAAGAUGAUUUUAAAGGCAUUUUUUUAUCAUCUGAAAAAACUGUUAUCUGUUGUUUGUAUGCCUGUGUUAGAUAACACAGUAACUGCUCUUCAGUUCAAUCAAUAUCAAGUGAUGUGCUCUCACCCAAAAUGAUUUUUCCCCAAAAAUAGGGUCCAAAAGGAAUUUCUUAAGCAAAAUAUCUGCAAAAUGUACAUUUCUGAGAGUGAUUUUAUGGUUCAAUUUAGAAAAAUAAUGGAUAGGAUGAUGUUUAUUGCUAAAUCCCAUUCCAUGUGCCAACUGUUGAAUCUGUAUGAACUGUCACAAGUGCUUACAUUUUUUUUUUAUGUUGAUUGAAAUAUGUUUCCAUUUUUUGCAAUGUACUUUAGUUUUUUUUUUUUCUUUUUGCUGCUUUUCUGACUCACAGAACUUUAGAAUGUAAUAUGAUAUUAUUGCCGUGAAGCUGGAAGAGAUUUUUAUUACUAUUUGUUGACAUUUUAAUAGUUUCAAUCUGCUUUGUAAAUGUGAGAAAUGAAAAAAGGUUAUUGCUGUUUAGACACAUAUUUCAUUGUUUGAGUUUUCCUACCAUUGAUAAUUCAUUGUGUUAUUGUACUACAAAGUACUUUUUGAACAUUAUUAAAAACCUGGAAUUAA